UCAAGUGAGCUAUAACGAGCAACAAAGGGUUUCUCUAAAGGGAGUUUCUUGGCUGAAGGCGGGUUUGGUUCGGUUCACAGAGGAACUUUACCAGGUGGUCAAAUCAUUGCUGUGAAACAGUAUAAGAUUGCUAGCACACAAGGUGACAAAGAGUUUUGCUCUGAAGUUGAGGUCUUGAGCUGUGCACAGCAUCGGAAUGUUGUAAUGCUCAUUGGCCUAUGUGUGGAGGAUGGGAAGAGACUGCUGGUUUAUGAGUAUAUCUGCAAUGGUUCUUUGCAUUCUCAUCUUUAUGGUUUGGGGAAAGAGCCGUUAGGAUGGUCAGCGCGGCAAAAGAUUGCGGUUGGAGCAGCUCGUGGGUUGAGAUACCUUCAUGAAGAGUGUAGAGUUGGUUGCAUUGUUCAUAGGGAUAUGCGUCCUAAUAACAUUCUCCUCACUCAUGACUUUGAGCCUUUGGUUGGAGAUUUUGGACUAGCGAGAUGGCAACCAGAAGGUGAUAAAGGAGUGGAGACAAGAGUAAUUGGAACUUUCGGGUACUUGGCACCUGAAUAUACACAAAGUGGACAGAUUACAGAGAAAGCAGAUGUGUACUCUUUUGGGGUUGUGUUAGUUGAGCUUAUCACAGGAAGGAAAGCGAUGGACAUUAAGCGUCCUAAAGGUCAACAGUGUCUCACCGAAUGGGCAAGACCGCUGUUGCAGAAGCAAGCCAUUAAAGAGCUUCUUGAUCCGCGUUUAAUGAAUUGUUACUCUGAGCAAGAAGUUUACUGUAUGGCGUUAUGUGCUUACCUCUGCAUUCGCCGUGACCCUAACUCAAGGCCACGAAUGUCUCAGGUGUUGCGGAUGUUAGAAGGAGACGUUGUCAUGAGUCCAAUAUAGAAGCUACACAGGGAAAGGCAUGGAGUUUCUAGACUAUUUAGAGUUUUUACAGCUUUCUUGUUAAUGAGUAUUGUUUCUGUUAUAUGUAAAAGUUUGUUAAUGAGACAAAGAUUCAAGUCAAGUUUGUUUGUAGCUUUGUGUAGGUGAUCAGUGAAGUUUGUAAUUUAUUAUAUAUAAGAUUGCUGCAAAACUUAUUCGAAAA